AUGCAGCCGAGUAGCCCGCCCGACUCGAACACCUACAGCCACCUUCCCGAGCCAACGACCGACGUCGAUCAAGUAAAGCGAGACCUUCGGGAGUUUGGCUAUGGGUUUGUGAAAGAUGCAUUAGCUCCCGAACAACUUGCAGCAUUGCAAAAGCGACUCAAGGGCCAGGCCGACGGAGAGGUUGCGGCAGGCGUCGCAUACUUCGACGGAGGACCGAAAAAGCCUAAUCAGAGGAUCUGGAAUCUGCCAAACAAAGGCCAGGAAUUCUUAGACUUGCUAGAGCAUCCCUUAGUCGAGGAGUUCAUGCCAGACUUCUUAGGCGAUGGAUACCACCUCAGUAGUUAUACCGCCAACAUCAACCGACCGGGUAGCAAGGGAAUGGGCAUGCAUACCGACCAGAUUACUAUUAACCCAGCUAUCCCGCAAUACCCGCUCGGCUUGAAUCUCAUGUGGUUCCUAACUGAUGUCAAUGAAGAGAAUGGCGGGACGCGUAUUCUUCCAAAAUCUCACAACGGCCUCGUUGCUCCGGAUAAUAUGUUCGACAUCACAGGAACUACAUUUGCAUCUGGCCCAGCAGGUACAUGCCUUGUUUUCGAAUCCCGACUCUGGCAUGCUACUGGGCCGAAUGUAGCGAAGGAGGGAGAACGACCAGUCAUUCUGCAAUUCUAUGUCCGCCAUUUUGUGAGGCCACAGGAAAACUUCACGUUGAGUAUUGCGACGGACGUCGAGGCAAAAUUAGGCGAUGCUGCAAAGCAGGCGCUGGGGUUUAGGGUUACAGCGACGCUGGGUGGUGUGGAAGGGUUUAGGCCAGAUGGGACGCUCGUUCAGAAGCCAGAGAAGCCGGUUGUUGCGUUGAAGGCUGAUGGGAGCAGACUUUGA